CGCAAUCUCUAACUAGCUUUCGGCAAAGAAGCAAAAGAAACAACACUUCAGAGAAACCAAAAAUCUCAACAAAGCAGUUUCUAAGAUCCGAUCCAUUCAGACCAUUCCACAUUUUGGGGAAGAAAGAAAGAAACUCUCUUACACCCUAGGGUUUCUCUCGCGAAAUGUGCCCGAUCGAGACCUAGGGUUUGUUAGGUGUCCCAAUUUCCGUGCUGCAUUUGUUUCAAGCGUGAGGGCGAACCCUGGUGCAGCGGUAAAGUUGUGCCUUGGUGACUUGUUGGUCAUGGGUUCGAAUCCGGAAACAGCCUCCUUGCAUAUGCAAGGGUAAGGCUGUGUACAACAUCCCUCUUCCAUACCUUCGCAUAGCGAAGAGCCUCCGGUCAAUGGGGUACGAAGUUUUUAUUUGUUUCAAGCGUCGUUGUUCCGAUUCUGUGCGCGAGGAGGGCGUUUUCGGAAGCGGCGAUUUCAAUAAUGAGGAGUAGUUGUGUCGUUUGACGAAAUGGAGAGGAACCGGCGUCGUUCCGACGGAGAGAGUAGUUCCGUUUCCGCUGAGGACACUCGCCGGAAGCGCGCCAGAGUCUACUUCGAUUUCGAUGGCCCUCAUUGUAUUGUGAAGUGUUCAAAUGCUGGGAAAUCCAGUGCAUCUGUUGAUGAAUUUGUGGAUUAUGAUAAUUUUCAAAGAUCGUCUCUUCGAUCCAACGAUGAUGAUGCAUUGAGGUCGAUGUCUGCUGGUGAGGAGAGUAACUUUGACGAAGGAGAUGACAGUGACAUCUCAAAAGUGGAUGAUCUAGAGGUCAAGAUGGAUCUUACGGAUGACUUAUUACAUAUGGUCUUUUCGUUUUUGGAUCAUCCCAAUCUCUGCAAAGCUGCUAGAGUCUGUAAGCAGUGGUGGACUGCUAGUGCUCAUGAAGUCUUCUGGAAGAGUUUGAAUUUUGAAGAUCGGAGCAUAUCUGUAGAGCAAUUUGAGGACAUCUGUAGGCGUUAUCCUAAUAUCAUGGCAAUCCGUAUGUCUGGUCCUGCCUGUAACCAGCUUGUCAUGAAGGCCAUUUCUUCGUUAAGAAAUCUUGAGGCUUUAACAUUGGGAAGAGCUCAUAUAAUGGAUAAUUUUUUCCAUGCUUUGGCCGAUUGUUCUAUGUUGAAAAGACUGACCAUCAAUGAUGCUAUACUUGGCAGUGGUAUUCAGGAGAUAUCAGUCAAUCACGACAGGCUGUGUCAUCUCCAAUUGACAAAGUGCCGUGUGAUGCGUAUAGCAGUCAGGUGCCCACAACUUGAAACUAUGUCAUUGAAGCGCAGUAACAUGGCACAGACUGCGCUCAAUUGCCCCCUUUUGCAAGAGCUUGAUAUAGGCUCUUGCCACAAACUUCCUGAUUCUGCUAUUCGUUCAGCUGUUACAUCAUGCUCGCAAUUAGUUUCUUUGGACAUGUCUAAUUGUUCGAGUGUUAGUGAUGAAACAUUACGAGAAAUAUCCAUGAAUUGUGCUAACCUUAGUUUUCUUGAUGCAUCGUACUGCCCCAACCUAUUCUUGGAGACUGUUAGACUGCCAAUGUUAACAGUUCUGAAGCUUCACAGUUGUGAUGGCAUCACUGCAGCCUCAAUGGCUGCAAUAUCUCACAGUUAUAUGUUGGAGGUUUUGGAGCUUGAUAAUUGUAGCCUAUUGACAUCAGUGUCUUUAGACCUUCCCCGCUUGCAGAAUAUUAGAUUGGUACACUGUCGCAAAUUUGCUGAUUUGAACUUGAUGACCCUAACGUUGUCGUCUAUCUUGGUGUCCAAUUGCCCUGUGCUCCAUCGUAUCAACAUCACUUCAAAUUCACUUCAAAAAUUAACAAUACCAAAGCAGGACAGUUUAACCACAUUAGCUCUGCAAUGCCAAUCUUUACAAGAAGUGGAUCUCUCUGAGUGUGAAUCUUUGAAUAACUCUGUAUGCAAUGUUUUUAAUGAUGGUGGAGGUUGCCCAAUGUUGAAAUCGUUAGUUCUUGGUAAUUGUGAGAGUUUGACAUCAGUUCAGUUCAUCAGUACCUCUCUAAUCAGUCUUUCCCUUGGUGGUUGCCGUGCAAUAACUAAUCUUGAACUCACAUGCCCUAAUCUAGAGAAAGUUAUUUUGGAUGGCUGUGAUCAUUUGGAAAGAGCAUCAUUUUGUCCAGUUGGUCUUUUAUCUCUCAAUUUAGGAAUAUGUCCAAAAUUGAACACACUCAGCAUUGAAGCACCGUUUAUGGUUUCACUUGAGUUGAAAGGAUGUGGUGUACUAUCUGAAGCAUUCAUUAAUUGUCCACUCUUAGCAUCUCUCGAUGCUUCCUUUUGCAGCCAACUAACGGAUGGCUGCUUGUCUGCAACAACUGUCUCAUGCCCACUGAUUGAAUCAUUGAUAUUAAUGUCAUGCUCAUCAAUUGGUUCAGAGGGUCUUCGAUCUCUGUAUUGUCUUCCAAAUUUGACUGUUCUUGACUUAUCAUACACUUUCUUGGUGAACAUGCAGCCUGUCUUUGAUUCUUGUUUGCAACUAAAGGUUUUAAAGCUGCAAGCAUGCAAAUAUCUCACUGAAACAUCACUUGAACCUCUUUACAAAGGAGGUGCUUUGCCAGCACUUCAGGAGUUGGACUUGUCUUAUGGAACUCUCUGUCAAUCAGCCAUAGAUGAGCUUCUUGCUUGCUGCACAAACCUAACUCAUGUGAGUUUGAAUGGCUGUGUGAAUAUGCAUGAUUUGAAUUGGGGAAGCAGUCGUGGGCAAAGUGACAAUUUCCCUGCUGUAAACACCCCAUCCUGGGCAAGUUCUAAUGAGAUUAUCUCUGAAUCAAGUGAGCACUCUGCUCGCUUACUACAAAACCUCUACUGUGUUGGAUGUCCAAAUAUUAGGAAGGUUGUCAUUCCAUUGAGGGAAAAUUGUUUUCAUUUGUUAUUUUUAAACCUUUCGCUCUCGGCAAAUUUGAAAGUGGUUGAUGUCACAUGUCUCAACCUAUGCUUUCUUAAUUUAAGCAAUUGUUCCUCUUUGGAAAUUUUGAAGUUAGAGUGUCCAAAAUUGACCAGUCUAUUCCUUCAGUCUUGCAAUAUUGACGAUGAAGCUGUUGAAGCUGCUAUAUCAAAAUGCACUAUGCUGGAGACUCUUGACGUUCGCUUUUGUCCAAAGAUAAGCUCAAUAAGCAUGGGAAGAUUACGCACAAUUUGUUCAAGUUUGAAGCGAAUAUUUAGCAGUUAGUCAACUCUGUUACUAUGAUCAAGGAUAUAAAAAAAAUUUCCUAGUGCUUCACUUGGAUCGAAAGCGCGCUUGGUAAUAAAUUUGAUUAUUUCUUCGUGUAUUGUAAAUGGCUAAAUUUUAAAUUUGUUUUUUUGUUUGGCAUAUGGAAAUCCGUUGUGUAUUUGCAAUAAUUUAUCUUUGUUGUUGUACCUGUAUUAUUGUAAAUCAACAUUUCAAAUUUAAGCUUUUUUGUUUUAAAUUCUAAAGCAGUUUAACGUA